AUGUUCGACUUCUUCACAUAUGCAGACCCCACUCACGGCUUUGUCCAGUAUAUUGACCAAGGUUCAGCAUGGAACACUGGUCUGAUCAGCAAUGCCAACGACAAGGUCUACAUCGGAGUCGAUCAUACCAACAUCCAGCCCAAUGGUCGUCCCAGUAUCCGCUUGACUAGCAAGGCUGCCUACAAUUCCGGCACUCUUGUUAUCCUCGACCUGGAGCAUAUGCCCGGCAACGCCUGUGGUGCAUGGCCCGCCUUCUGGAUGGUUGGACCUAGCUGGCCCAAUGGUGGUGAGAUUGAUAUCAUUGAGGGUGUGAACACACAAAACCACAAUGCCAUGACAUUGCACACGGCAGACGGUUGUUCCAUCUACGACAACGGCAAUUUCACAGGUAGCCUCUGGUCCGACGACUGCUAUGUCAACGCACCGGACCAGACCGCAAACGAGGGCUGUCAGAUCACCACCAGCAACUACAACACUUACGGUGAUGGCUUCAACAACGUGGGAGGUGGUGUCUACGCCAUGGAAUGGACCGAUGAAGCAAUUAGCAUUUGGUUCUUCCAGCGUGGUUCUAUCCCUGCCAACGUCCUCAGUGCCAACCCCUCCCCGGACUACACCUGGGGUAAACCGCUUUCGCAAUUCACGGGCUGCUGUGACAUCCCCGAAUUUUUCUCGGACCAACAGAUUGUCUUCGAUGUGACAUUUUGUGGCGACUGGGCUGGCAGCGUUUGGAGCAGUGACUCUACAUGUUCAGCUCUGAGCGGCUCCUGCACCGACUACGUCGCCAACAACCCUCAGGCAUUCGGGAAUGCCUACUGGUCCAUCAACUCUCUGCGAGUCUUCGAGCAGACUGCAAAAUCUUCUGGAAAGGUUGCACUGCCCGCAUUCUGCAAUAAUAAUAAUAACCCAACACAAACUGAGACAUUCGUUAGUAGUGCUAGCACCACAUCGACGGAGACGGUGCCUGCUGAGACUACCUCGACCGUGUCUUCUACUGUCGCUUCAACGACUACAGAGACAUCGUCAACGCAAACCUCUUCGUCCGAACCCUCGUCGUCGACCGCCGAAACCUCGUCCACUGUCGAUACGCCAUCGACAAGCUCAAGUUCAUCAAGUUCUGCAGGCUCAAGUUCAUCGAGUUCUGCAAGCUCGUCAAGUGAUAGCCCCUCGUCCACCACACAAGCCUCGUCAAGCAACAAGCCCUCGUCGGCUGCUAAGAGUUCAUCAGCUGCGCAAGCCUCGUCGACUGCUGCAAAGACGUCGAGUGUUGACACAUCACCCGCACCUGCAUCGACUGCAGAGACGGCUACUGAGACAAGCUCCUCGCAAGCAUUGCCAUCGAUGACAAAUGUUGUGACGACUUUGGUCCUGGCUGUGGCUGCAGAUGCAAGCUCUACUGAGUGGACUACAGUGACGACGACACUUCGCCAAGUGGUAUCGGUGCCGCCGCUCUCAGAACCAAGCCCAACAGAGCCGCCAUCGCCCACCGAGAACAUCGAGACAACACCAGCCGCAAAUGCCGAGACGACCCCCACAGCACAAUCGUUUGCCGAGACCAAGGUUCUCACGACCAUUGUGCAGGCAGUAUCGGCCGAUGCAACGACAACAGUGUGGACGACCCUCACAACGAGCAUCGAGCGCGCCAUCACAGCUCCUGUGGAUACCACAAUCACACAAUGGACCACUCAGCAAGUCAACCAGGCUGUCUACACGACCAUGUGGACAACCAUCACAAGUACCGUCAACUUCCAAAAGGCGAGACGCACCGCUCUUCCCGAAAGCUUGAUGCUGAAAGGCGAGUCGGCGGCGGCAUCACAAUCGACACGGAUUGAAGCACCCAGCCCUAGCAGGCGCUGGCUCCCUCGACACUGGGGCCGAGCACGCAUCUAA